UAUUUUCUUUGUUACAGGAGAGUAGCGAACGCUUUGGCGGGUAAAAAGGCCAUUGUGACCGGUGCCGGACGUGGAAUAGGCCAGGCCAUUGCACAUGUGCUGUACAAGGAAGGAGCGCAGUUAACGACCGUCAGUAAAACCAAAGAAAACCUAGAGAUACUCCAAAAGGAACUUCCUGGUAUAGAGACAAUUUGUGUGAAUUUGCGAGACUGGGAUUCCACCAGGCGAUCUCUAGGUAACUUACCUCCCUUUGAUAUCCUCGUUAAUAACGCCGGGUUUGGGUUGUUGGGGAAAUUCGUCGACAUCCAAAGGGAGGCAACUGACAAUAUGAUCGAUGUGAAUAUAAAAGGAAUGAUUAACGUGACACAGAUAAUAACUUCCGGUAUGAUCGCGGAAGGUAAAGGUGGCGCUAUAGUCAACAUAUCUAGUAUAGCUUCACAUCGGUCGCUUCGUGACCACACUGUGUACGCCGCUACCAAAGCAGCAAUUGACGCGGUUACCCGAAAUUUGGCGAAGGAACUUGCACCCCACAAAAUCCGAGUCAACUCCGUCAACCCAUCCUAUGUCAGCACGGACAUGACGAAACAAAUACCGGAAGCUGCUGUCGAGAAACUACGCCUGCUUACACCUACUCGAAAAUUGCUGACGUCACAGGAGGUUGCAGAAGCUGUUUUGUUUCUCCUCGAUGGAUCGGCUUCAUCUAUAAAUGGUGUGAAUCUUCUAUUGGACGGUGGCUAUACUGCUACAUAGGUCGGAAGUACAUUUUAGUAAGACAACAUUAUUAAUGGUAGAGAAAUCACUAGAAUUUGGAAUAUGGUGGGAGAUUUCGUCUUUCCCUUAGAUGGAGCAAAUUAAGCUUCGUAACUAGACUGGUUCGGAAAAAUGGACUCGUCAUUUCCGUUUCAUAUAUGAUCGGAAUUGACUUAACGUGUCAAAGUAUGCUAAAUGCUGGCACACAAAAAUAAAAAAUAAAAAUAAAAGUAUGGACCAAUCAAAUACAGGACAAGAUUUAUGCCAGCGAACACACACUUUGUCGGGAGGUAAAUACAGAGAGAAAAAGAAGGAAAUCCUUCAGUGGAGCCCAUUCAACAAUGGAUUCUGAUCGCUAUUUGAGUUUGUUUCGAGUGACGUUUUUCAGCUGGUGUUUUUAUAGAUGUAUACAUGUAUAUGUAUAUUUGUUUAAUGCAUUUCUAUAGAUAACUCGUCUUAUCUGAGGAGUCAUUGCCACUUUUCCCGUCUCCUACAUAUUUCCUAUAUUAAGUGCUGACGUUGUAAAUGACACACCAGUGUCUACAUCUGUUGUAAUUUGUUUCUAGACAGAACCAGUAGUGUACAGUUUAUCGUGAGUUAAUAAACGAAACACAAACGU